AUGGCCGCAGAGCUACCCAUCCCCGUCUUCACCUCACUUGACCAGGCAUUGCCCGACCUUAAGACCGCUGCCGCCGAACUCAUCAGAUAUACCAACCUUGUGGACGAAUACACCCAACGUUUUGGUCACAAGCCCACAUAUAUCGCUCGCGCUCCCGGACGUGUCAACCUCAUUGGCGAGCACAUCGACUAUGUCCUCUUCGGCGCGUUCCCCGCAGCCGUAGAGCGCGACAUCCUCAUUGCUUGCGGUCCUUCCGUGUCGUCAGCCUCACCCCCUGAACCUUCCAGCCCUGGAAGCGUUAAUGCGCACAACCUUGAUGCCAAGUAUGCGCCCCAGGCUUUUGCACCGAUGCUGAAGAAUGCGGGCCCGACGGACGUCGAGAAAGCGGACGCGGACGCCACUGUGCAUGCUGAGUCGGCCUGGCAUCUGGAUAUCAACACGCGGGAGUUGCGGUGGGAAAGCUAUGUGAAAGCCGGAUACUACGGUGUCUUGAACCACUUCUUUUCCCAACCGGGUCAGAACGGCCACCCCGUACCAGUUGACCUUCUCUUCACUGGCUCUGUCCCGUCGGGAUCAGGCUUGUCGUCCAGUGCUGCGAUGGUGGUUGCAUCUACCCUGGCCUUUCUUGCGGUCAACGAGAAGGUGAACGGUUUGACGAAGGGCAAGCUCGUGGAGAUGGCAAUGGAGAAUGAGAAGAGGGCGGGUGUGAACAGUGGCGGCCUGGACCAAGCAGCCUCUGUUAUCUGCACACCCCAUUCCGCGAUCUACGUCACUUUCUUCCCGUCCCUGGCCGCAGAACCCAUCCCGCUUCCGACCCCGAGGACAACACCAAAGGCGGUCUUCGUCUGCGCCAACUCCCUCGUCGUCAGCGAUAAGCUCGUCAGCGCGAAGUACCACUACAACCUCCGUGUCGUGGAGACUCUCGUCGGCGCGCGGGUCCUCGCCAGGCGUCUCGGGAUUUCACUCACCGACUCGGAGCGUCCGACCUUCCGCGUAAUCCUGGCUCGUUGGCUAGGAACGGACGAGGCGAACUUCUCUGUCGAACAUCUCAAGGCGGGCAUUGAACGCUUCCUUCCGGAGGUCGAGAAGCUUAGGCCUGCACGCGAGGGACACGAAGCGGGAGAAGAGGGCGUGACGAUGGCCGAGAUGAUCGAGUGGAGCGGCCUUUCGCCCGAGCAGUUCAACCAGGUGUAUCUGUCGUGGGUAGAAGUCGAAGCGACGUACUUCCAGCUCUACAAGCGCGCGAGACACGUCUUCGCAGAGGCGCUGCGCGUGCUCGAGUUCCGCGACGUCUGCCUCCGCGCGCAAGACGAAUUUGUGCCAGAAGACACGCUCGCGGCCCUCGGCGCGCUCAUGGACGCAUCUCACGAGAGCUGCUCGACGCUCUACGACUGCUCUUGCCCCGAGGUCGACGUGCUCGUGCGUAUCGCCAAGGACGCGGGCGCGUAUGGGUCACGCGUCACCGGCGCGGGCUGGGGCGGAUGCACGGUCUCGCUGGUCGCGGAGGAUAAGGUUGAGGAGUUCAUCGGGAAGGUCAAGGCGCAGUACGCCCCGUACAAGGACCUGACGGAGGAGAAGCUGCGGGAGGCGAUCUUCGCGACGAAGCCGAGCGCAGGGGCAUUCAUCCUCAAGUUGGAUGACUGA